CUUCGGCGCGCGCCGGCGUCGGCUGCGUCUCCGGGCAUUUGAAUUGCGCUUCCGCCAUCUUUCCAGCUCUCAGUCAGACGGCCGCGGAGACGCUUCUGGAAGUGACAUCGCCAUGGCCGCCCAAGGAGAACCCCAAGUUCAGUUCAAACUCGUCUUGGUGGGUGACGGCGGGACCGGGAAAACGACCUUCGUGAAGCGGCACCUGACCGGGGAGUUCGAGAAGAAGUAUGUCGCCACGCUGGGCGUCGAGGUGCACCCCCUCGUGUUCCACACCAACAGGGGGCCCAUCAAGUUCAACGUGUGGGACACCGCGGGCCAGGAGAAGUUCGGCGGGCUGAGAGACGGCUACUACAUCCAAGCCCAAUGUGCCAUUAUAAUGUUUGACGUAACUUCGAGAGUUACUUACAAGAAUGUGCCGAACUGGCAUAGAGACCUGGUGCGAGUGUGUGAGAACAUCCCCAUCGUGCUGUGUGGCAACAAAGUGGACAUUAAGGACAGGAAAGUGAAGGCCAAGUCGAUUGUCUUCCACCGAAAGAAGAACCUUCAGUACUACGACAUUUCUGCCAAAAGCAACUACAACUUUGAGAAGCCCUUCCUCUGGCUAGCGAGAAAGCUGAUCGGAGACCCUAACUUGGAGUUUGUCGCCAUGCCCGCUCUCGCCCCACCAGAAGUGGUCAUGGACCCCGCUUUGGCAGCGCAGUAUGAGCACGAUCUAGAGGUCGCCCAGACCACCGCUCUCCCGGACGAGGACGACGACCUGUGAGCAAGGGAGGCUGGAGCCCAGCGUCAGAAGUCUAGUUUUAUAGGCAGCUGUCCUGUGACGUCAGUGGUGCCGUGUUUGCCACUUUAUUAUAGAGCUAAGCAGAACCUGUGCUUGAUCUUGGGGUGCUGAAGGAGAUGAAUGGGCUUCGGAGUGAAUGUGGCAGUUAAAAUACCUUCAUUUUUGGACCUACAUAUUUAGCUGUUUCGGAACGCAGUUGUUUCUCUGAGUUCCAACUAUAAGAAUGCUGCAGUUGCAUCACAACAUCAGUGGUGGUCCCUUGUUUGUUACUGUCAUUCCCACGCCUUCGUUAGAAUCAGAAUAAAGUUGUAUUUCAAAUAUCUAA